AUGGCCCACAGCACACUGCAAAAGACACCCAAGAGUUUCUCAAGUGAAGAAGCUCCUCCUCCACCUGUUGUCUACUCCCGCUACACAGACGACACCAUCCGAUAUUUAGCCAAGAGGUUAAAAGAACGCACAGAGAUACUCAAAGAGAAGGCCAUAGACCCUUACGCCACAUCUCCAGAAGUCACACCACCUGUCACACCUAUUCUGAGAAAGGAUGACUACAUCCGACUGAAAGAAGAGGAGCGCGUAGCCAAGGAAGAAGCGGAAAAGAAGAAGGCGGAAGAAGCGGCCAAAAAGGCAGAAGAGAAGAAGAAAAAAGAUGAGGAGAAAAGGUUGGAGGCCGAGAAGAAAGCCGAGGAGGAGCGACUGGCAGAGGAGGCCAAGAGGAAAGAAAGGAUCCUCCCAGAAAUCAGCUGCUCCUGCUUUGACGUCCUCUUCCAUCCAGUGGAGGAAAAAAUGGAUGUCUUCUUGGGGACCACCAUUGAUCCUUUCACAGAUCGUCGGUACAUUUCCUGGUUGAGCUUCGUGGCAUUGGCGUACAAUUACAACGUCUGGUUUUGCUCAGCCAGGCUGGCUUUCCCUUACCACGGUGAAACUGCCAACCGCUACUGGAUAUUCCUCGACAUUCUUAGCGACAUUGUAAAUGUAAUAGACAUCGUUGUUUGGCAGCCUCGCCUUCAGUUUGUCAAAGCUGGAGACAUCAUUAAAGACAGAGCUUUGACUAAGGUGCAUUAUCGAAAAUCACAACGAUUUAAGACUGAUAUAAUCAGCAUCCUCCCCUUCGACCUUCUCUGCCUGUACUUUGAGUUCUCCUCGUUAUACCGACUGAACCGCUUCAUCAGGAUUGAUUCCUUCUUUGAGUUCAGUGAUCGACUUGAGAGUGUCAUGGCCAAAGCUUACAUCUGGAGAGUUGCCCGCACCACAGGCUACCUGCUCUACAUGCUUCACCUCAACGCCUGUGCUUACUACGUUGCCUCAGUGCACCAGGGUCUUGCCACAACUACAUGGGUGUAUGAUGGGAAUGGCACAGCGUACCUGCGUUGCUACUACUUUGCAGUUCGCAGUCUCAUCAACAUCGGGGGUUUACCGGAACCUGUAACCACCUUCGAGAUUUCCUUUCAGAUGGCUAACUUCUUUAUUGGUGUCUUUGUGUUCUCGAGUUUGAUCGGACAGAUGAGAGAUGUCAUAGGAGCAGCUACAGCAGCUCAGACAUACUUCCGGGCGUCAAUGGACGGAUGUGUUGCCUAUAUGAACACCUAUACGAUCCCCAAGCUAGUCCAGAACAGAGUCCGCACCUGGUACAACUACACCUGGGCAGCUCAGGGAAUGCUGGAUGAGUCCGAGCUCCUGGACAAGAUGCCUCUGGUGAUGAGAAUUGCCAUUGCUGUGGAUGUCAACCUUGCCACAUUCCAGAAGAUUGCAUUGUUCCAGGGCUGUGACCAGCAGAUGUUAGUGGACAUGUUACUGCGGCUCAAGUCAAUCAUUUAUCUACCCGGAGACUUUGUUGUGAAGAAGGGUGACAUCGGUAAAGAGAUGUACAUCAUCAAAAGCGGGGCGGUGCAGGUGGUGGGAGGACCCAACAACAGCAUCGUGUUUGUGACGCUGAAGGCCGGCUCUGUGUUUGGGGAAAUCAGUUUACUACAGUCGGCUAAAGAUGGAGGAAACAGGCGCACCGCCAAUGUAAAAGCUCACGGCUUCGCAAACCUUUUUGUGCUGGAGAAGAAAGACCUGUUUGAUAUCCUCGUCCACUACCCGGAGUCUGAGAAGGUGCUGGCCAGGAAGGGCAGGAAACUAAUCAAAGCCAAAGGAGCUGUACCUGCUAAAGGUAAUGAGGAGAAGCAGAAAGGACUGGCUCUGUUUGGACCAAAGCCACCAACACCCAAGCUACUCAGAGCCUUUGCCAAUUUGAAAAAACUCAAGAAAAUGGAAGAGGAGACGAAAUAG